UUUUCAGCAGUACUUCCCCCUACAUCAGUAUUUCUGGUAUUUCCUAAAAGCUCAUCUCUAAUUGAGCAGGAUGUAGUCAAUGGCUUUCUGGUCAUUGUGAAAUAAAUACGGAAUAAAACUAGAGGGCCCAACCUAUUCGUAGGUUAUUGACGAGAUACUCAGAUAUGGAGGGUGACAACACGGAAAGUGCCGUCGGCGAAGGCGGAGAAUCUGCCCCAGCAACUGACUCAUCGCCUGCGUUGAAUGUGCUUUGCGCAAUUUGUAAUGAAUUUUUCCGGGCUAACGACAUCAUAUUCUCAACCUCCAAGUGCGGCCAUGUUUUCCACAAGGACUGCCUGACCCGUUGGUUGAAUCGAUCCAGCACCUGCCCCCAAUGCAGGUCCUCCUGCACCCGGAAUCGUGUUCACCGGCUGUACCUGAACUUUUCCGAGGCCACGGAGUACGAUGACACAGAGCCUCCGAAGAUGCCCAUCGAGUGGGUGCCCUUGGAUCUGGACGUGCACAGUAGCCCGGACGCCCACCUGCCGCCCGAAGGAGCAGUCCAGUGCGGCACCAACGAGGACGGGCUGCCGACAUAUGUGGCCAGGGGCUACUACGACGAUGAUCUCCUACCUUCCGUGUAUGUGCCGGAAAAAAAGGCCGCCUACGGAUCGUAUUCUUGUCGUGCUCACGUUUUGACCGACGAUGUGGAGAUCCUGGUGCUGAACGAUUGUGACCACAAGUGGGUGGCUGGUCGGCAUGGAAGCUUUCCGCAGGAUGCCAUCCACACGGGCUACUCCGAGUUGGGCGAAGUCACCUAUACGGGUCGAGGCUUCUACGAGGGAAUCCUAAGAUUGGGCAAGGUGCAUCCCAGUCAUAAGGUCAUGUACAUACCUCACCGGGGUCAGGAGGUGAACGUUAACACCUACGAGGUCCUGGUCGUCACCCCACGUGAUCACGCCGAACGAUGAUGCUUUAGCAUACCGGAAAUCUCUUUAUGAAUUGUGUCUUAUUACUGUAUGAAUUUUGUUAUAUGUAUGUAUGUACGUCUAUGAUGUUAAAAUAUAAAAGAAUUUUUGAUUUGGGGCUUACCCUAA